AUGCUAAAGCUUCUACGAUCCGUCCGUUUCGCAAUGACUACGCCUCCUCGUGUCCCCAUCCCCGCCAACGGGGUCGACUACCGCGGCAAAGUCGUCCUGGCCCCGAUGGUGCGCUCCGGUGAGCUUCCUUGCCGACUUCUAGCCCUUAAGUAUGGCGCCGACCUCGUUUGGGGUCCGGAGACCAUCGACCGCGCUCUGGCAGGCGCCAACCGCCGCGUGAACCCCCGCAACGGCACCGUCGAAUUUACCCGCACCCCCUCCAACGGCGGCCGCCCUGACAAGGCCACUCAGGAAAACGUCAUCUACCGUCUCGACCCCGUUCGCGAGAAGGGUAAACUUAUCUUCCAGAUCGGCACCGCGAACCCCGAAAUUGCCGUCGCAGCCGCCAAGCUCGUCGCCCCUGAUGUUGCCGGCAUUGACGUGAACUCGGGGUGCCCGAAGCCCUUCAGCACAAGUGGUGGAAUGGGUGCGGCGCUCCUCCGAACCCCGGAUAAGCUCGUCUCGAUCCUCGAAGCGCUGGUGCGCGAGGUCGGCACGCCGUACCAGAUCGGCAUUUCGGUCAAGAUCCGGCUGCUGGAUAGAGAAGACCCUGAGCCGACCCGGGCGCUGGUCUCGCGACUCGUCAAAACCGGCAUCACGGGCUUGACCGUUCACUGCCGUACGCCUCCCAUGCGGCCGCGCGAGCGCGCCAUCCGCGAUCAGCUGCGCAUGAUCCGGGACAUCUGCCACGAAGCGGGCGUGGCGUGCGUCGUGAACGGCGACGUCAUGAACAAGGACGACGGUCUGGCCCUGAUGCAGGAAUACGGCGUCGACGGCGCGAUGAUCGCCACCGCAGCCGAGUCGAACAUGUCCGCGUUCCGCACGGCGGCCGAGGGCGGCCUCCUGCCCUGGAAGGAGAUGGUGCACGACUACAUGAAGUUCUGUCUCGAGAGCGAGAACCGUUUCGGCAACACCAAGUAUCUGCUGAACAUCUUUGUGCCGGGCAAGUCUCCCGAGGCACACCGCUCUAAAACCGCCCGCACCUACGUCGAUACCUGCCAUGCCCUGGGCUUCGAGGACUUGAUCCCCGCCGCAACCCGUCUCGAUGAGAUCCUGGACCUGUCGUCGAAGUCUACGACGACGAAGUCUGAAGCCCAAGACGACGCAGUCAGCAAGGCCGUGCAGCAUGCUCUUGAGAAGAACGAAUCCGCGCGCGCGGCGGGCGGGGCCUCGCGCUCGAAACCUACUUCUCCUGUCCUCACUGGAGCUGGCGGUCCAAUUCGCACGAACUCCAUUCCGCCCCCCACGAAGUCUGCGACAACUAACAACAAGGUUGAGCUUGACCCGGAACUUGCAGCAUAAACCCCACUCAAGUGGACGCAGAAAAAAGACUUGUAGCAGUUUCCAUACAAAUGAGGCCAGCCAAAGGCUAGUUCAAACAUCCAGACGGAUCGAACCACAGCCGCAACUCUAUUUAAUGUCCUAUUGAGAGGCUGUGUCAAACUUCUCGGCGCUAGGUAAUCUGUGAGCAUGGAAAAUCCCCAUAGGUUAAUGAGGCUUGUGUCUAUCAUCUGCUUAUGCGAUCACGCCACUUUCCUUCUCUUCUCUUUUCUUAAUUCCUCUUACAUUUUCGUUUCACGCGUGCAUUACCGGUGUUGCUCCUCCUCCUUGGUUUAUAUCAUAGAUUCCCACUUCAUAUUCU